GGCCACACACAGAAUCAGCUGUUGCUGAUAAUUUAUUCUUUGCGUCCUCCCCAAAUGGGUGGGGGAAAGUCUAACUCAUGGCCACUUUGAUCGAAACUCUAAGGAGUCACUGGCUCAUUUCGCUCUUCGGUGUGAUCCUCUUCGUGGCCGGGAGCACGAUGCUCUGUUGGAACGAGGGACGCGCUGUCCACAGCAUGAUGGCGUUGGAUGAGGCGCACGCCGAGAUUUACUCGGUCCGCUUCACGGAGGAGGAACAGGAGCUGGGUCUCGAGGGCCGGAUCGUUCACCUAUCCGGUCCCAUCCUCGUGGGCGAGCCACUCACCGAACCGGACUACAACAUCCAACUGCUGGCCGUGAAGCUGCGGCGCCGCGUCCAAAUGUACCAAUGGGUCGAGGAGACAGUGGAACACAACUUUGGCGAGAGUGUGGGCACGACGGAUUCGGACUCGCGGACGUACUACUACACCCGGGAGUGGCGGGACAAAAUCGUCGACUCGCGGAACUUCUACAACCGUUUCGGACACACGAAUCCCAGUCACUUUCCCAUCGAAAGCCAUGUCCAGGUUGCGGAUGCCGUCUACAUCGGUCGCCACGAACUGGGCGCCGAGGUGAAGGAAAAGUUUGGAAACUACCAGGAGCUCACCUCCGACAUCCGGCCGGAGGAUAGCAGCGUGAAGCUGCACCUGGGCAUCUACUAUCACACCAACGAUGUGUUCAAUCCGGAGGUGGGCGACCUGCGGCUCCUCUUCAGCUUCGCGGGAAUGGAGGGCGAGGUGUACAGUGUCGUGGGCCAAUUGUCGGGCAACAAACUUGUGCCUUACAUCACAUCGCGCGGCUUGUCAGUGCUGCUCGUCUACCCCGGCGGACUCAGUGUCCAGGAGGUGUUCCGGCUGGAGGCACACGCCCAGGUGUUGCGCACCUGGUGCUGGCGACUGGUCGGCUGGUUGCUCAUUUUCUUCGGCGUAACCUGCAACACCAAAAUUCUGCGGCUGUUGUGUAACAAUGUGCCGCUGCUCGCGUUCUUGACGCCGGAUCCACAGUUCCCGGCGGCUGGCAAUAUACUCAUCGCAUUUUCACUAGCCCUGACCUUAGCGGCGGUGGCUUGGAUCCUGCAUCGUCCUGUGAUCGGCGCCUGUCUCUUUUUGGCCGGCGCCUCGCCCUACGUCUGGUUCACCCGCAACCUCGUCGACUACCAGCGCAUGGGCUAAGACCACUCAUCAUACUCUCGCAUCUUAUUUACAGGUUCAUUUAUUGUUGAUUCUCCUUGUUAAGCCAUGUCAUAUGCCAUUUACCCCGUCGGCCAAUAAAAACUUAAUAACACUUAGUAA